UUGACAUCAACUGUUGGGGGUCAGGAAGUUGGGAAUGAGUUUCAUCGUUUCAGCAAGUCCUUCCAAUCAUAAUGGCAUCCAAUAUAAGAGGUCAGUCAGUGCUAGUAAGUAAGCAACUCGCAACGAACCUUGUAGCAAACAUUGAACAGAGUAUCAAAACCUUCCACAGUGCUAUUCAAGAAAUAGACAUAUCCCGCACGACAUUAGACUCUAUGUUUGCUGCAACCAAACAGAAAAUCACCAAGAAGGCUGAUGAGGAGAUUGCCAAAGAGGCUGCCAGGAUCAGAGAGGAGAAGCAGAAACUGAUGCAAGAAGCAGAACAGAUUUAUAAAGACAGAGUCAAGACAAUGCAAACUGCACGAGCUUCAAACAUCAAAGAGAUGAACAAAGCAAAGCACAAGCGGGAUGAGGUAAAUCAACUCAUCAUGGAUCGAAGGAUCAAGAUUGAACAUCACACUGAACAACUCUUACAAGACCUGAAAAGAUACAGUGAGAUGAAAUCAACAAAAAUACCUUUUGGGUUGACUUAUAUGGACUUUCAAGGGAGCCAGAACUCAUUAGGGGGACUGGUGUUGAAAGAUGAACAACCAAUAGAAUCAGCAACUUCUGCUCAGACCACAAAGCCACAAAUUCAACCCCAACACUUGACACAAGACAAAUGGAGAUUAAAAACAAAAACUCACAUUUCCCUGAAAAAUCCCCCAGAGUUUGGUUUGUAUUACAAUGCAUGGAAUAUCGCCGCAUACUCUAAUAGCGACAUUGUUUUGUUAGAUUGCAAAAGUGCCAGCUUGAGUUUAAUAUCAGAGAGCAAUCCUCAAUCCCUUGUCAUUCCACAAGAUCUACCGAUACAAGGUCUUAUCAAACCAAUCAGCAUGACAGUGAAUAGAAAUGAUGAGCUCUAUUUUCUAGAUUAUGAAGGAGUCAAGAUCUUCAACAGGAAUUAUCAGCUCCUCCAUCAGUUCAAUCCAGGCAGUGAACCAUCAUGUAUUGCAGUGGAUGAAAACAAUCUGAUAGCAGUGGGUUAUCAUGACAAGGCAGAGAUCUCUCUACACAAACCAGAUGGAUCCCUCAUAAGAACAAUACUUGCUCCAGGGAUUCGUGUCUCAUUAAAUACGUACAAACAACGACUUAUCUACACAAGCGUUAACUACGGUCAGUGGAAGUUAGUAUCAAAAUAUUACAAUGGUGAUGUGGUAUUCUCAGUAGAUUUCCAUUAUCAUCGGUUUUCUACAGGAGUGUGUUGUUGUGACAAGGAUGGUAGCAUCUACGUGUGUUCUGCUAAAGAGAACAAAGAUUCAUCAGAAGAUGAUGAGGUCCAUCAUUACAGUCCUGAUGGCAAAUUCAUUAGAUGUAUCAUCAGUCAUUAUACUGAACCCAUUGAUAGCAUAAUCACACCUGCUGGUGAUCUGGUUUUGGCUACAUACAAAUCAGUUCACAUCUAUCAGCAUGAGUAAAGACAUCAACAAACAUUAUGCUGGACCACAUCAACAAUCAAACUGAGAUAAACUGCAAUACAAAAAUAAUUAUCAUUCUGACCAAAUAGAAUAACAAUCACGUCAGCUAUGAAAACAUGUGACAAAUAAAUUGAGAAAUGCUAUUGUACUGCACUGCAUGUGUUUGAAUAUGGAAAAAAAGUACUAAAGCAAAAAAAGAAAAUUAUUGUAAAAAGAUGCAUUGAAAGUAAAUUACAGCAGAAAAACAACUCAGACAACAACUACUUCAUGACCAAAUUUAAUGUAAAUAAUAACAAUUAUAGAUUAUGAUAAUUUGCAUAUUUUGAUACAACUAACACUUCAUCCUUGAGAGUAAUUUUGAGUAACUUGAGAAUCAUUUGUUUAAAUAGUCCUUUGAUCAAAACUAAAAAUUGAAAACAAAUUAAACAUUUCCAAAGAAGUUGGUACACUAUUGUAUUUGCUAGAAACAAUUAUCUUUCGGCCAGGUAAGUAACAAAUGCUAAAAAAUACAUGGAUUGACAAAAGAGCAAAAAGAGUUCAGUAAAGAAAAAUGUUUACUGAGUAUACCCCCAUGUAGGAUAUUAAUAUAUAUUUUGUUGAAGAGUGUAGGUGCUGGCAUAUUUCUUAUCUUAAUGACAGAUUUUUAAAAUAAAAAUCUCUGUGUUUAAAACAAAAAUCACAAUAGGGGAAAACACCUCUGCUUUCUUUUUGUUACGCAUCCAACACAAAUAUUCAUGAAAAGACUAUGUUUAUCAGUUAGGCAGGGUCAGAGUUAGUAAUUCCUCUUGGUAUAAUUUUGCUAAUCUGCAUCAUCCCUCACCUCAUUAGCACUAACUACGCUAAACUCUGCUAACUUCAGAGUCCACACUAUUUUCACUAUAGUUUUCAAAAUGUUAAUCCAAACUGUUGCUUCUAUUCCCUCUUAAUUCGAUGAUUCGGACUUUGAGGAUUUAAACAUGAAAUUCAAUUGAAUUGGUUUAAAGAAUGUACAUUGUUGAAUGCAAAUUAAGUUAAAUUGGCCAGAUUUUGUUCAAGUUUUCCUAAUCAUUCUCACUACAGAUUCUACAAACUACAGAUUUUGAUUAUUUGUAUCUUAAUUGAUCUAGUUGUAUAUUUGGAUGCCAUUGUAAGUUAAAUUGUAAGUUAAAUUGGCCAGAUUUUGUUCAAGUUUUCCUAAUCAUUCUCACUACAGAUUCUACAAACUACAGAUUUUGAUUAUUUGUAUCUUAAUUGAUCUAUUUGUAUAUUUGGAUGCCAUUGUAAGUUAAAUUGUAAGUUAAAUUGGCCACAUUGUGUUUAAGUUUUCCUAAUCAUUCUCACUACAGAUUCUACAAACUACAGAUUUUGAUUAUUUGUAUCUUAAUUGAUCUAUUUGUAUAUUUGGAUGCCAUUGUAAGUUAAAUUAUAAGUUAAAUUGGCCAAAUUUUGUUCAAGUUUUCCUAAUCAUUCUCACUACAGAUUCUACAAACUACAUAUUUUGAUUAUUUGUAUCUUAAUUGAUCUAUUUGUAUAUUUGGAUGCCAUUGUAAAGUAUAAUAAAACUAAACUGAAACUUCAUGUACAUAAUUAUUCAGUGAAAAAACAAGAUGGCUUGCUAUAGUGAUAGUGAUUGAUUCAAUUAGAAGAAAGAAGUUGAAUUGUGAAGUACUGUAUAAGGUUUCAGAUUCUUCUAGAAGGACACUGUACAUCAAUUUACCACAUAUACAUCCAUGUAGUUAUGUGUAGAUCAUGAACAUGUGAAUGUACAUGUAUACACACACAUGUAUGUGUAUACAACUGUUUAAUGUACAACUACAACUGAUGAGUCUGUGAUCUCACCUCUCUAGGUGACACAAGAGUAAUUGAUUAUUGGUGUCUAGAAUAUCAUUCCUUUUAAUGUUGUUAUGUCAUUUCAGUGACUUACCUCCUCCCGCUCUACCAUCAGGCAACAUUCACAUCAGAAUUGAAAUAGUUCACUGAAAAUAAUAACUUCUUUCUCUGAUUGGUCUAUUGUUUGCAUUAUACAAUUGUUGCAUGCUGUGACAGGGUCCAUGGCGUUUUGUACACCCGAGGGGGAAAAUGGCAAC